AUGCACCCCGCCACCCUCCUCUCCAUGACCCUCCUCCUCCUGACCGUACACCUCACCCUCGCCACUCCCACCCCCGCUCCCGGGGACGCCCUCGGCAAGCGCCAAUGCGACCAAGACUGCCGCUGCGCGAAGGGCAUCAAGCCGGGCAUGUACUGCUGGGGCUGCGGCGCCGUGACCUACCCCGGCGACCUGAGCGGAGUAGAGGGCGACUACAGGAAUCGGGUGUUUGAAUGCGGGACGGAGGAGCAAGAUUGUUUUGGUGAGCUGCCGGAGGUGAUGGUCUUGGUGGAAGAGAGGGGUGAUGGUGAUAUGGAUGGCGAGUAA